GUAAGCGGCCGCGGGCGACGCAAGUUCCGCACGGGGUUCUCCUCUCCUCGAUUCACGCUUCUCCUUCCUCUCGCCUAGUCGCACGCUGCCUCCCCACGGCGGCUCUUCCUGACGAGAGCUUUCGGAGUGCGGUAGCUGAGGAGAAGCCAUCACCACCUCGCCUCGGGGCCGAACGAGGGUGCCUGUCGCGCCUCGUCGCCCCCUGCGCUGCCUCCUUGCCCCCAGUGGUGGGCGCCCUUCUCGCUCGAAGCACUCCCCCCAGCUCCAUGAAUGGAAAUCGGCUCCGCAGGACCCGUUGGGGCCCAGCCCCUACUCAUGGUGCCCAGAAGACCUGGCUAUGGCACCAUGGGCAAACCCAUUAAAUUGCUGGCUAACUGUUUUCAAGUUGAAAUCCCAAAGAUUGAUGUCUACCUCUAUGAGGUAGAUAUUAAACCAGACAAGUGUCCUAGGAGAGUGAACAGAGAGGUGGUUGACUCAAUGGUUCAACAUUUUAAAGUGACUAUAUUUGGGGAUCGUAGACCAGUUUAUGAUGGAAAAAGAAGUCUUUACACAGCCAAUCCACUUCCUGUGGCAACUACUGGGGUAGAUUUAGAUGUUACUUUACCUGGGGAAGGUGGAAAAGAUCGACCUUUCAAGGUGUCGAUUAAGUUUGUCUCUCGGGUGAGUUGGCACCUACUACAUGAAGUACUGACAGGACGGACCUUGCCUGAGCCGCUGGAAUUAGACAAGCCAAUCAGUACUAAUCCUGUCCAUGCUGUUGAUGUGGUGCUACGACAUCUGCCCUCCAUGAAAUAUACGCCUGUGGGGCGUUCCUUUUUCUCAGCUCCCGAAGGAUAUGACCACCCUCUGGGAGGGGGCAGGGAAGUAUGGUUUGGAUUCCAUCAAUCUGUUCGGCCUGCCAUGUGGAAAAUGAUGCUUAAUAUUGAUGUUUCUGCCACUGCCUUCUACAAAGCACAACCUGUAAUUCAAUUCAUGUGUGAAGUUCUUGACAUUCAUAAUAUUGAUGAGCAACCAAGACCUCUGACUGAUUCUCAUCGGGUAAAAUUCACCAAAGAGAUAAAAGGUCUGAAGGUUGAAGUGACUCAUUGUGGAACAAUGAGACGGAAAUACCGUGUUUGUAAUGUAACAAGAAGGCCUGCCAGUCAUCAAACCUUUCCUUUACAGUUAGAAAAUGGCCAAACUGUGGAGAGAACAGUAGCACAGUAUUUCAGAGAAAAGUAUACUCUUCAGCUGAAGUACCCACACCUUCCUUGUCUGCAAGUGGGGCAGGAACAGAAACAUACCUACCUGCCACUAGAAGUCUGUAAUAUCGUGGCCGGGCAACGAUGUAUCAAGAAGCUAACGGACAAUCAGACUUCCACUAUGAUCAAAGCAACAGCAAGAUCUGCGCCAGAUAGACAAGAGGAGAUUAGCAGAUUGGUGAGAAGUGCAAAUUAUGAAACAGAUCCAUUUGUUCAGGAGUUUCAAUUUAAAGUUCGGGAUGAAAUGGCCCAUGUAACCGGACGUGUACUCCCAGCACCUAUGCUGCAGUAUGGAGGACGGAAUCGGACAGUAGCAACACCAAGCCAUGGAGUAUGGGACAUGCGAGGGAAACAGUUCCAUACAGGAGUUGAAAUAAAAAUGUGGGCUAUAGCUUGUUUCGCCACACAGAGGCAGUGCAGAGAAGAAAUAUUGAAGGGUUUCACGGACCAGCUGCGUAAGAUUUCUAAAGAUGCAGGGAUGCCCAUCCAGGGCCAGCCUUGCUUCUGCAAAUACGCGCAGGGGGCGGACAGCGUGGAGCCCAUGUUCCGGCAUCUCAAGAACACCUACUCAGGGCUGCAGCUCAUUAUCGUCAUCCUGCCAGGGAAGACACCAGUGUAUGCGGAAGUGAAACGUGUAGGAGAUACACUUUUGGGUAUGGCUACGCAGUGUGUCCAAGUCAAGAAUGUAAUAAAAACAUCCCCUCAAACUCUCUCAAACUUGUGCCUAAAGAUAAAUGUUAAACUCGGAGGGAUCAAUAAUAUUCUUGUACCUCAUCAAAGACCUUCUGUGUUCCAGCAACCCGUGAUCUUUUUGGGAGCAGAUGUCACUCAUCCACCAGCUGGUGAUGGGAAGAAGCCUUCUAUUGCUGCUGUUGUAGGUAGUAUGGAUGCCCACCCAAGCAGAUACUGUGCCACAGUAAGAGUUCAGAGACCCCGACAGGAGAUCAUCCAGGACUUGGCUUCCAUGGUUCGAGAACUUCUCAUUCAAUUUUAUAAGUCAACUCGGUUCAAACCUACUCGUAUCAUCUUUUAUCGGGAUGGUGUUUCAGAGGGACAGUUUAGGCAGGUAUUAUAUUAUGAACUACUAGCAAUUCGAGAAGCCUGCAUCAGUUUGGAAAAAGACUAUCAACCUGGAAUAACCUACAUUGUAGUUCAGAAGAGACAUCACACUCGAUUGUUUUGUGCUGAUAGGACAGAAAGGGUUGGAAGAAGUGGCAAUAUCCCAGCUGGAACAACAGUUGAUACAGACAUUACACACCCAUAUGAGUUUGAUUUUUACCUCUGUAGCCAUGCUGGAAUACAGGGUACCAGCCGUCCUUCACACUAUCAUGUUUUAUGGGACGAUAACUGCUUUACUGCAGAUGAACUUCAGCUGCUGACUUACCAGCUCUGCCACACUUACGUGCGCUGUACACGAUCUGUUUCUAUACCUGCACCAGCGUAUUAUGCUCACCUGGUAGCGUUCAGAGCCAGAUACCAUCUCGUGGACAAAGAACAUGACAGUGCUGAAGGAAGUCAUGUUUCAGGACAGAGCAAUGGACGAGAUCCACAAGCUCUUGCCAAGGCUGUACAGAUUCACCAAGAUACCUUACGCACAAUGUACUUUGCUUAAAAAGUCCAAGAAUAUUCUCUGAGAGGAAGAAUUGAAAAGAUGCAUCGACAUAGAGCGUAUGUUUCCAGUGGAGUCAGUUGAGUGGGAAUGCCUCCAGCCAUACAGCAACCAACACUGUGUGGGGACCAGGGUCUGAUUUUUAUGUUAAUAUAAGGAAGAUUGUUUACUUCAUCAAGGAACACAGCACCAUUAUGCAAUAUGAAACCAGCCAACUGCUUUUUUGUGCGGUCUCCUUAGGAAGUAUCGCCAUUGUUUUGUUUUCACUUUCUUGUAGUCUAACCCUUUUAAUGCCUUUACCUCAAGUUGCUUGGCAGCACAACUAUCUUUGCAAAAAAAGUACAGAAAAAGUAAAUGACGGUUUAAAAAAAAAACACACACCUUACAUGAAUAAUCAAAGUGAUUGUUCACAAUUAUGUGUGCAAAAAAAUUAGUGUGCAUUCGUGUAUUCUUGUGAAAGGUAUCUGUGUAUAUUUUAAAUAUAUACAUGUAUACUUCAUAUGCAUAUAUAUCUGGAUCUACACUGACAGUAGAUAUAUAUGUGUCUGUGUGUGUAUUUUAUAGUUCAUUCCAUCGGGAAACUUUCUUUCCCUUUUAUCAUCCUCCCACCACCACUUUGAUUUCUCUCUACCUCCCUCGCCUUCAUCACCUACAUUUUUUUUUCCUGAUGCUACCAGUGACAUUCAGAUGUUCGUGUAUCUGGUUCAUUUGGAUAUGAAGCAUGGCAAACUAGAGUUUUAUUUUUAUUUUGCACACCCUACUCCUGUCUCUUGUCUCAUACACAGUUCUAAGUCCUCAACUCUUGAUAUUGCUUUCUUAAACAAAAUUAUUAUAUAUAUACACACACGUAUAUGUAUGUAUAUAUAUAUGUGUGUGUGUGUGUGUGUGUAUAUAUAUAUAUAUAUAUAUAUAUAUACGUAUAUAUAUAUAUAUGAAGUUUCUAUGAGAGUGUCUGCCCACUCCUGCUCUGAACUUAACAUUUGCCAUUUGUGCAAUGUGUAUAUAAGCAGUAGCAAUCUUAAACUAUUAUUUUUCUUUAGUUUGUUAAAGCUGCUAUAAAUAUAAAACUUUGUCAGAAGUUGUAACUCAGAAAUUUCUCUAUAACUGAUAUGUAUUCUAAAGCUUUCUGUUGCUAUGGGUUAUACAUGAAAAUCCCUUACAGCUUUCAUAAAGGGCAAAUAUUUUAAAUGAUUGAAACUCUUUAGGGUUGAGGCCUCUGAAAUUGGGUGGAGAGAGAGAAGGGGUUGCUGAGGGUUUUUUUUUAUUUUAAAUUUUUUUUUUUUUUGCUAGUUUACUUGUUGCCUCUCAUACCUUA